AUGGCCGGGUCAACCUGGUUCGCAUCAUCAGACAAAGCUGCCCCACCAAUACCUCCACCUGUUCCAGAACACUUUCAGGGUCAAUCUAUAGAAGACGAUCCCGGGCGGCUAAGCGCUAGCAAGAUAUGCGGAAUAUCGAAACGCGCCUUUCUAUUUCUACUACCGAUUAUCGUCUUGGUAGUUGUGGUUAUUGCUCUAGCAGCGGGCCUAGGCAUUGUGCUUGGAAGGAAGAAUUCAUCCCAGUCGCCUGCUGCGACGAGUAGCAUAAUGACUUCUAUCUCAAGGCCCACCCAAACGACCGAAACGGCAACCGGUACCGGGACCACAACCACACCACCAACAGCCACCACCCCUUGGGUCAUAUCAAAUGGUGUAGUCGGAUUUAAUUACACCCAAGUCAGUACCGACGGUGGCAACUGCGCGCCAACCGGUUGGGUCCAGGAACCUCAAGAAAGGAUAGAUUAUAUCAAUAUCGUAAUGAAGGGCUCGACUUACUAUGCAGAAUCAACAUUUGGGGGCGUAGGUUUCCUCUCAUCAGAACUCAUUUAUUCUCUCGACGAAGAAUCCGGCGGCGCUAGUUAUGUAUACACUUUUUCGUUUCCGCCGGGGACUGUAGGGCGUAGUUGUAAUAGUUCUACUACGUUAACAUCCCGAUUUGUGAGGGAUGAGAAUGCAUACUGCCUUAUCACUUGGACUUUAACACAGGACUGUGUCGGACAGGACGGUGUCAGAAUAUUAGCCGGGGAAUACUGCAAAGUCUUCUACCAAGGAGAUCUCCCAAACGUCUUAGAAUCCUGA